CGAAAGUGUUUGUCCCUUGACUCUGCACACCGAUGCUCAGGUGUGGGUUAAAAAAAAGAAGAAACUGACUGGAAUUUAAAUAAAAACUUGACAAAAGAAAAAAAAUAAAAGGUCAAUUACUUAUAUGUUAAAAAGGAGAAGAAGAAGCAGCAACAAAGGGACAAACUGCGGUUUUGCUCUGUUGUCCUGACUACUGAGGCUCAGGCGUGAAACACCUUGGCCACGAGUGACAGCUGUACUGGUUUCCUUAACCUUCGAACUCGGGAAGAGACGUUGCUGUAAUAACUCCUGAUUCCGUGAGGGAAGAAGACCGGUAAGAUGCAAAUCGAAAGCUAAUGUGCAGGAUCCUAGAGACUGGGAAUUUGCACUGAAAGGAGAAGACUGGCCAAAGGGCAAGCGGGUCGAAUUCAUUUUGUCCCUGUGGAAAUACGUGCCUCUGCCCACCCUCGAGAGCGACUUGUUGACCACGAAUAUCCGCAAGGUCCGGCACAUGGAGGGCAACAGCCCGAAAGGAAGAGAGUUCAUCUCUCUCACACCUGUGGCCAAUGGUCUGGAGAACAGGGGGGCCGAGCUCUUGGAAAGUCUGGAGGAAGGCCGGACCCCUGGCAACGACUCAAGCCGUGCGGAGGGUGGGGACAUCUGGACCGAGGCCAGCCCGGAGCCCCUGUCAGGACGGAGGAGCCUGCAGCCUGCUCUGAGGGCCAGACGCUUCUGCCGGGAGCACACACAGCUGUUUCGAUGGAUCUGCAUGGGCCUGCUCUGUACUGCGUUCGCUGCCUUCCUGCUGGUCGCCGGCCUCCUGGAUUUCCAGAGGGCCCUGGCACUGUUCGUCCUCACCGGUGUGGUCCUCGCCUUCCUGGCCCACAGCCUGCUGAAGAGGCUGCUGGGGCCCAAACUGCUGAGGUGUUUCAAGCCUCUGGGGCAUUGCCGCCUGAACGUCUGGUUUGAGAGGACUCUGGCCCUCGCUGCUUUCCUGGGCCUGGUCUCGUGGCUGGUUCUGGACACCUCCCAGCGACCCGAGCAGCUAGUGUCCUUUGCAGGAAUCUGCGUGUUCAUCUGCCUCCUCUUCGCCUGCUCAAAGCAUCACCGCACAGUAUCCUGGAGGACUGUGUCCUGGGGCCUCGGACUACAGUUUGCACUUGGACUCUUCGUCAUCAGAACAGAGCCAGGAUUUAUUGCAUUCCAGUGGAUGGGCAACCAGAUCCAGAUCUUCCUGAGCUACACGGAUGUGGGCUCCAGCUUCGUGUUUGGGGAGGCCAUGGUCAAGGGAGUCUUUGCCUUUCAGGUUCUGCCCAUCGUUGUCUUCUUCAGCUGUGUCAUGUCGGUUCUCUACUAUGUGGGCCUCAUGCAGUGGGUGAUCCAGAAGAUCAGCUGGCUGAUGCAGGCCACCAUGGGCACCAUGGCCACUGAGACCCUGAGUGUGGCUGGAAACAUCUUUGUGAGCCAGACCGAGGCUCCUCUGCUGAUCCGGCCCUACUUGGCGGACAUGACUCGCUCUGAAAUCCACGCCGUCAUGACCGGAGGCUAUGCCACCAUUGCCGGCAGUCUGCUGGGCGCCUAUAUCUCCUUUGGGAUCGAUGCUGCCUCCCUGAUUGCUGCCUCGGUCAUGGCCGCCCCUUGUGCGCUGGCCCUCUCCAAGCUGGUCUAUCCCGAGGUGGAGGAGUCCAAGUUUAGGAGCCUGGAAGGGGUGAAACUGACCGGCGGAGACGCUCAGAACCUCUUAGAAGCAGCCAGCAGUGGGGCUGCUGUCUCCGUGAAGCUGGUUGCCAACAUCGGAGCCAACCUGAUCGCCUUCCUGGCGUUGCUGGCCUUCGUCAACGCGGCCCUGUCCUGGCUGGGAGCCAUGGUGGGCGUCCAGGAGCUCAGCUUCCAGCUCAUCUGCUCCUAUGUCCUGCGGCCCGUGGCCUUCUUAAUGGGUGUGACCUGGGAGGACUGCCCGGUGGUGGCCGAGCUGCUGGGGAUCAAGCUGUUCCUGAACGAGUUCGUGGCCUAUCAGGGGCUCUCCCAGUACAAGCAGCGCCGCCUGGCUGGAGUCGAGGAGUGGGUGGGCACCAAGAAGCAGUGGAUCUCUGUCAGAGCAGAAAUCCUCACGACGUUCGCCCUCUGUGGAUUCGCCAACUUCAGCUCCAUUGGGAUCAUGCUGGGAGGCCUGACCUCCAUGGCCCCCCAGCGGAAGAGCGACUUCUCACAGAUAGUGCUCCGGGCGCUCUGCACGGGGACCUGUGUGUCGCUGGUGAAUGCCUGCGUGGCCGGGAUCCUCUAUGUGCCCAGGGGGGCUGAAGUUGACUGCACGAGCCUCCUGAACACAACCGUCAGCAGCAGCAGCUUUGAGGUGUACCAGUGCUGCUGUGAGGCCUUCCGGAGCACCAGCGCAGUGGUCAGCCGCGGGGCCCUGGACACCUGCUGUCGAUUUUACAACCACACGACCUGUGCGUAGCCGGGACGGCACGUCUUCGGCCUUCUGGGGGAGCCACAGGGCUUAGAGUCGCCUCAGUCACACAGUUGGAAAGGAGCGAUGGGGCGGGCAGGCAGAGGCCGGAUGGUAUGGAGGUGAAGGAUGCUCCCCAGUCCUUGCCCCCUUCCUGCUCCCUCCCGAGAUGUGAAUUCUUGGGGUCGCCUCUGCCUCCUCGUCUCGCCCCUCCACAUCCAAAGAGCACCCUGGUGUCUGUCUUCCCACCUUGCGUCUCUCACAUGCUUCUGUUAUGGGGUCCCUCCCUCUUCCUCCUCUGGGCACGUGAAUCUUGCCUCUGCGGGACGGGUUCUCCUGGGAACCCCUGCCUCUACUUUCAAAGACUCCCCCACCGCCUUUGCCCACAGCACUUCCCAAACUGGUGUCCCGUGAAACACUGGCCGACAAGGUGUUCAGGAGAUUCCAGGAUCCACCAGGCUUGGAAAACUAGGCGCUGAAUAAAGUUAGACAGGUUUUA